GACGGGCUGCUCGUCGUCGUGGUCCAGGCCCGCCGGGGAAGGCUCCAGGGGCUCCACACUCGCCGCUGCCAUUGUCACUCCAGUGGGGCCACGCAGGUGUCUGACGGCAGCCGGCACCGACUCGUCCGGAGAGGAGGUAGCAGGCGACGACAUGGCGCUCCGCCUGGUGAAGCAUGUCUUCGCCAAGUACCCCAUCACCGCGAACGCCGUGACGUUCGGCUCUCUGUACGUGACGGCAGAGUUCUCCCAGCAGGUCGCGACGAAGAAAGUCCUGGCACCAACCCCCGAGCCCAUUGAUACAGCGGCCCUCGGGAGGUACGCCAUUUUCGGCUGUGGAGUCGGGUCACACAUCCUCUACUUCUGGUACAAGUGGUUGGACAAGAGGUAUGCCGGCACCGCGGCUUCAACGAUCGCGAAGAAGGUGCUCCUGGACCAGUUCAUCAUGACGCCCCAGCUCCUCGUCGCCUUCUACCUCACCAUGGCCAUCCUGGAGAGGCGGGAGGACCUCUUCGAGGAGAUGCGCAACAAGUAUGCCAAGACGUUCCAGACGUCGUGCCUGUUCUGGUUGCCCGUGCAGACCGUGAACUUCGUGCUGGUGCCCCCCGCCGCCAGGGUGGUGUACGUCGGCACCAGCUCCCUCAUCUGGGCGAACAUCCUCUGCUACAUCAAGAGGCAACCGCAGGAGCCGUCGCAGGAACAGCCGCAGGAAAAGUAGAACGUAGGGUUUAACGGCGGAGAGAAAAUGUUGUUCUCGAGACAUCGUUAAUUUGUAUUUAAUCAAAAAACGUGUGCCAUAUCCACCAUAUCCGCACGCAUGUGUGGUCUGUAUAGUAUUGCUGUAAAAAAUUAAAGACAGUUAUAUUUUUUUGCAA